AUGGGUCAAAAACUCGAGGCGCAAAGACGACGCCGUGAGAGCGCCUUCGAGCGGUGCAGCGAGCGCGUCCGGAAAGCCAAGGAAAAUGGGCUGUGGCGGACGGCUAGUUGGGGCGGCGGUCCGAUGGAGUAUAAAGGCCAAUUCGACGAGAAUAAGCCGGUGAAGGAGAAAAAGUCGAAGCCGAACGCCCACGUAAAGAUCUCCGUUUAUCACAGGAUAUCGGAGUCGAGCCACGCCAGCGAUUCUCCAACUCAUGGGGAUCGACGAUAUUACACAAAACAACCUGGCGUUACAAGACAUGUCGAAACUGCGCGCAGAGGCAGCAUCGAGAUGCGAGCGUCUCCAGCGGGUGGUGGGAAACACGGCUAUCGAAGCAUAGCCAUCGGGCCAAAGCACGAGGAGCGCAUUGCCAGAACCGAAUCGAGGACGUCUUCGAGCUCUGGAUCUCCGCCGAAGCGUGAAUGGUCGAAGACGAGUGGCGAAACGGAGGUUGUCCCACUUUUACAAACUCAGCAGCGAGGCAAAAGGCCGCCAUUGAGAACACAUAAAAGCGUGGACUCAACAACGCUAACCGAUUCCCCGGUGUUAUCCCUUGCACCCGGGAGGCGAAGAUCAAGCCUGGGGGCUGAAGAGCAUAGUAUAUCCCCUAUUGUACAUACUACACGGACCACUGCAGUAUCCGUCACCGAAAGAACAUUCCGCGUCGACUCUCCGCAUCACGUCGUCAAAAAAAUCUCGAUUACCUCCACUGGAAACCCGUUUAUCGUA